AGUGAAAGACUGUUUUGCAUAAAAGGGGCAAGUUAUUUGUUUGGCUCCUGCAUAUACAUAUCAAAAUGAUUUUCUAUCGGAGGUUCAAGAGAAAGGAGAAAGGAGGGGGAAGUUUAGGAGACUGUGGCAAAUCAAUACAUCUUGUUGACAACAUACAUGAAUAGAUAGGAGAAGAUGGAUAGAAAAGAAACUUCCUUACAUAUUUUAUCUCCUUCUUUCUGUUAACAAUCAUAUAUAAAAACUAGCUAUUUUCUUUCUUUCUUUCUUUUUCUUUUAAUUAUAACUCUUUAUUAUGCUUGGUCGUUCUGCUAUUAAACUCUUAAAUCGUCGCAAUGUCAUUGCUUUAGGUGCUAUGGCUACCACAGGUGGUGCCUUGUUGAUGAGCUCAGAUAGAAAGCAAGUCCAUGCUGAAUCAAAUCAACUCAAAUUCUGGCAAAGUUUGCCUGGUGAAAAUACACCCGAGAACCCAGGUUUUGCUAAGCUGCGUGGUAUGGCUGCUGAGCAACGAUUUAGAACAUCUCUUGCUCAAAACAAUGGCAAGACUGAUUUUGAUGUUGUGAUUGUCGGUGGUGGUAUCAUUGGUUUAGCUACUGCAAGAGAAUUAUUGAAACGUUUUCCCAACAUGACUGUUGCCGUUCUGGAAAAGGAACGUGAAGUGGCUGCUCAUCAAUCAGGUCACAACAGUGGUGUUAUUCAUGCUGGUAUCUAUUAUAAGCCUGGUUCUCGUAUGGCCAAGACUUGUGUUCGUGGUGCUGAUUUGAUGUAUGAGUACUGCAAACAAAAUCAAUUGCCUGUUGAACGUUGUGGUAAAUUAAUUGUUGCUGUUGAUGAAAAGGAACACAAACAAGUCGAAAGAUUGAUGGAGAUCGCUACCUUAAAUGGUGUAAAAGAUCUUCAAGUUCUUAACAGUGAAGAGAUCAAGAAAUUGGAACCCAAUGUCGUUGCUUAUUCUGCUCUUUACUCUCCAAACACCGGUAUCACUGACUUUGGCCUUGUUGCUCAAUGUAUUGCUAAUGAAAUUAUGCAAACUGGUCGUGCUGAAAUCAAACUUGCUUUUGAGGCUCGUAAGUUUGAGGGUAGAUCCGAUGGUAGAGUAGAGAUUUGGGGUGGCGAACCCAACCAAAGAGGUCCCACACUUAAAGUUACGGCCAAGAAUGUAAUCACUUGUGCAGGAUUUUAUUCAGACCGCGUUGCAGGUCUUGCAGGAGGUGAUUCUAGCCGUGCCAAGGUCGUUACUUUUAGAGGCACUUACUAUCAACUCAAGCCUGAAUACCGUGGUAUCUGUCGCAUGAAUGUCUAUCCUGUCCCUAGUGGUGGCGGUAUCCCAGUAGGUGUUCACUUUACACCUACUGUGAAUACACGUCGAGGUAUUCAAAUGAUUGUUGGCCCUGGUGCCUGUUUGUCUUUUGCUCGUGAAGGCUACACUUUUACUGAUUUCAAGUGGCAAGAUAUCUGGGCCUCUUUAACCAACAUGAACUUGUGGAUGUUUGCUCUCAAAAACCCUUCCUUAUCUAUUGGUGAACUCUAUAAGGACAUGAACAAGCGUGCUUUCUUACGUGCUGCUCAAGCUUAUGUUCCUGGAUUAACUGAAGAUAUGGUUGAAGAAAGUUUUGCUGGUGUUAUGUCACAAGUAUUUGAGAAGGGAGGUAUUGCUGCAAAUGACUAUAUUUUGGAGCGCAAGGUCAUGGAUGGAAAAAUCCUUUGCGUCCGCAACGCACCUACUCCUGCAUGCACUGCUUCCCUGGCUAUUGCAGAAAUGCUGAUCGACACUGCAACUGAAGACUUUGAAUGGAAGAAAGAAGAGUCUUCUGAUAAAAAAGUGACUCAUGCACCAAAGGCUCAACAACUUGCCCUUGCUGCUUAAAUGUAAACACACAUAUAUAUAUAUACAUACAAAAUUAUUCUACAUCCACAUUCAUCUCCUAUUCUCUUUCUCUUUCUCUUUAUAUAUUAUAGUUAUUAUUAAAUGCAUUACAUUUUACAUUAUCUAUUGUGUGACAUCAAGCAAUGGAUGUGCGAUCCUAAAUAUUUAUACAUGCAUACAUAUUUAUACUAGAGUGUUAUAGUCUGUUAC